AUGGUGCCCGACGAAGCCGGUGCCCGUAGGGCACGAAACAAGAUGGGUUUCAUAGCAUGUACCAGUUACGUGGUUGGUAACAUAAUUGGAUCAGGUAUAUUUAUAACACCAACGACAAUACUUAGCUAUACACAUUCAGUAGGACUAUCAUUAAUUGUAUGGAUAGGAUGUGGACUCAUAUCAUUAUUAGGUGCUAUCUGUUACAUUGAGCUAGGAACCUCAAUAUUGGAACCUGGUUGUGAUUUUGCCUAUACUGUUUAUGUUGGUUGGGAAGCUAUCGCCUUUGCUUUCAUGUGGGUCUCGGUAUUUGUCACCUAUCCUGCUUCAGCUGCUGUACAAGCGCUCACUUUUGGGCAGUACAUUGUAAAUGGUAUAUCACCAGCGCUGGCGCUUGAAGCGCCAUGGCACGAAUUUGCAGAGCGAUUAUUAGGAUAUCUUGUUGUUGUUGUAUUAACAUUUUUGAACUUCUACUCUAUCGAUCGAUUUGCUGCAAGAUUCCAAGUAGUUGUAACGAGUGCCAAAAUGCUUGCUAUGGCUAUCAUUAUUAUCACUGGAUUUUACUACCUCGUUUUUGAAGGGUGGACAGCCAAUCUGAAAAAUCCAAUGGAAGGUAGUGUUUAUGCACCGGGUAAACUUACCUUAGCAUUCUAUGGUGGUCUAUGGAGUUACGCUGGAUGGGAUAUACUUAAUUAUGGCACACCGGAGAUUGAUAAGCCGAGGAGAACGAUGCCAUUGUCUCUUAUCUCUGGUAUCCUAAUCGUAAGUGCCACUUAUGCUGCUAUCAACAUCUCAUAUUUUAUUGUUCUAUCUCCUGCCGAGAUGAGCAACAGCACAGCAGUGGCUGCGGACUUCGCCCAAAAGACAUUAGGCAAUUUCUCAUAUGCCAUCCCUUUCAUGGUUGCCAUCUUGUUGGUUGGCACGCUAAACAGCAAUAUUUUCUGUGGAUCACGAUUUAUGCAUGCUGCAGCUCGAGAAGGUCAUCUUCCUACCUGUAUAAGUUGUGUAAAUGAGGCGUCAAACAGCCCUCGAGCAGCAUUGCUUGGCCAGCUUAUCUGUACAUUUCUUGUUUCUUUCGUCCAUAUUGAUACAUUGAUCAACUAUGUGACAUUCGUGAUGUGGGCACAAAAAGUCGUCACAGUUAUGGCAUUGCUGUACCUGCGCUACGCGAAAUUACCCGUUGCUGAAGGUAUGUAUUCGCACUUCAACUUCAUGAAUUGGUUCGAUUUAUAUUUGUUUUUAGGAGCAAUCAAAGUGCCAAUUGUACUGACGCUUUUAUUCUUGUUGCUAAGCUUAGUGCUUGUUGUUGUGCCAUUUGUUGAAGAACCAGUCGUAAGUUAA